UCACCUCUACAAAGAGCACACACAUUAUUCUGAUAACCUAGUUGUUGUUGGCAUGCUUUGUUAACCAGUAAUCUGAGGGAAAUGGGAGUGCUUUCCAAUAAGAUUCACAGGGUUCAAUUGAAACCAGGAGAUCACAUUUACACUUGGAGGCAGGCUUAUAUCUAUGCCCAUCAUGGAAUAUAUGUUGGUGAGGGAAUGGUGAUCCACUUCACCAGUGGAUCAGGCCAAGAAACUAGAAAAGGGACAAUCUUGGACCGUCUUCUUAUAAGUUCACCACCCCUUCAUAAUACUUGUGAUAUUUUAUGUCCUAGAUGUGGUGACCAAAAAACUGCUGGUGUCAUCGGUUCCUGCUUAGAUUGUUUUCUCUCUGGUGAUGAUCUAUACUUAUUUGAAUAUGGUGUGUCACCUGCACUUUUUCUGGCCAAAGCUAGAGGAGGCACUUGUACCAUUGCAUCUUCUGAUCCUGCUGAAGAUGUUCUUCGCCGUGCUUUGUUUCUUCUUGAGAAUGGAUUUGGUGGCUACCAUGUGUUCAAGAAUAACUGUGAAGACUUUGCAAUUUACUGCAAGACAGGUUUGCUUGUUAACACAAACAUCAGUGUUGGGCGGAGUGGACAAGCAGCAUCUUGCUUGGCUGCUGCUAGUGCUGUAGUUUCUUCACCACUGAGUUUGAUGAUCCCUGGCUUUGGUGUUCUUGCAUUGGUAGGAGGUGGCAUGUAUUGUGUUAGCAGAUAUGUUUCUGAUAUUGGAGUACGCAGUGAUGUAACUAAAGUUCCAGUGGAGAUGAUAGCUGAAUUAGGCAAGGAAGAUUGACUGUAGUGUAGAUAGAGGUUCAUACAAAACUGUGGUGUAUGAUGCUUAGUUUGAUUUAUGUUAUGAAUAUUUACUGGUUAAAAAGUAUUUGUUAACUUGUCUAUUCAGGAAUGAUUUGUUUAUUGGAUGCCAG